UGAGCUCUACUGCUCUGACUGCUCUGACUGCUGAGUCCAGGACACUCAAUCAAUCACAGCUAGCUUAGCGUCUGAGUGAACUGCAGCCAUGUUUCGGAACCAGUAUGACAACGACGUCACGGUGUGGAGUCCCCAGGGUCGCAUUCAUCAGAUCGAGUAUGCCAUGGAGGCCGUGAAGCAGGGUUCUGCUACUGUUGGACUCAAAUCCAAAUCCCAUGCAGUCCUGGUGGCUCUCAAGAGAGCCCAGUCGGAGCUGGCUGCCCAUCAGAAGAAGAUCCUCCACGUUGACAACCACGUGGGGAUCUCCAUUGCCGGACUCACGGCUGAUGCCAGGCUGCUCUGCAACUUCAUGCGGCAGGAGUGUCUGGACUCGCGGUUUGUGUUCGACCGCCCCCUCCCAACAUCUCGCCUGGUCACGCUGGUCGGCAGCAAAACCCAAAUCCCAACCCAGAGAUAUGGGAGGAGGCCGUACGGUGUGGGACUGCUCAUCGCUGGGUAUGAUGACAUGGGCCCUCACAUCUUCCAGUCCUGCCCCUCCGCCAACUACUUCGACUGCAAAGCCAUGUCCAUCGGCGCGCGCUCCCAGUCGGCACGCACCUACCUGGAGAGACACAUGGACAAGUUCAUGGACUGUAACCUGAACGACCUGGUCCAGCAUGGGCUCCGGGCCCUCAGAGAAACCCUCCCUGCGGAGCAGGACCUGACCACCAAGAACGUGUCCAUCGGCAUUGUGGGAAAGGACCUGGAGUUCAUCAUCUACGACGAUGGUGAUGUGGCCCCCUUCCUGGAGGGGCUGGAGGAGAGGCCACAGAGAAAGGUCGUGCCGGCUGCAGAUGAUGCCCCCGCUGCACCUGCUGCAUCUGACGAACCAAUGGAACACUGAACACGCCCCCUUCAACCACAAGUCAACCAAUUAUCUAGCUUUCUAAACUGGGGAGGAGGGAAAGUCCCGCCCUGAUCAUUGUUAGUUCUCUGGAUUGGAUGCGUUCUGUUGUACUGUGCCACAUAUUACAUGUCAACCAAACGCUCUCUGAUAAGAUCUGUCUGUCGCUUUUGUAAGGGUAUGUACCAUUCUACAAUAAAUAAACUUUCUGUAUUGUUUG